AUGGCGAGCACGCAGGAUUCCUUGCGCACUGCUGAUCCGGUAGAGCAGAAUAAGCUUGGGGAGAUGCAGGAGCUUCACAACAUCGUCCAGUGUGCGCAAUCACUGACGUUCAAUUCAGACAAGUACGCGCCCGUAGGACGCCCUUGGAGUGUCAAGUGGUGGCAGACAUUUGAAGAUAUUGGGCAUACAAAGCCUAUCAGCCCCGAUGGAGUGAUUAAUUUGCUAAUGGUUGGGAUUCCAGAGUCGGCUGCUUCGGAAGGCCAAGAAGUUUUUGGUGUCUGGGAGCUUUUGCGAAAUGCCUAG